AUGGCCUACCAUGACUUUGAGAAGGGCUCUAAAAAAGCUGUGACCAAGGCCCAGAAGAAGGACGGCAAGAAACGCAAGCGCAGCUGCAAGGAGAACUACUCCAUGUACGUGUACAAGGUGCUGAAGCAAGUCCAUCCGGACACCGGUAUCUCAUCCAAGGCCAUGGGAAUCAUGAACUCCUUCGUCAAUGACAUUUUCGAGUGCAUUGCUGGCGAGGCAUCAUGCCUGACGCAUUACAACAAGCAUUCGACUAUCACAUCCAGGGAGAUCCAGACUGCCAUGAGCUUGCUGCUACCUGGGGAGCUGGUCAAGCACUCUGUGUCCGAGGACACUAAGGCUGUCACCAAAAAAUGUGUAGGGGCACUGAUUGCACUCAAGAGCAAUCCAACUUCCUUUGCAUGUGAGAACCAGAGACUAAUUAGGAUAUCUUUUAAGGCUGCUGUCCAUCUCGGAGGACUUUAA